ACUAGCCGUGGGAAAAUAGCGAGGGAAGGGAGGGUACGAGGUACCCAUGAUGACCAAGGAUGCGAGACACUCAGGUGAUACUGGCUAAGCAUACUUCCCACCUUCAAAGGGGGAGCAUCGUCACGAAAUGAGCCUAGGGCGACGCGAGGUAAGAGAUUCGUCUCUCAUAUCCAAGUCGAAAGAAGACCAUGAAAGCAGCAGUCAAGAGAUCUGAAAAGAGGUAUCGUCCUGUGGAUACUUCUGGCAUUCUCAUACUCUAAACGUUGUCUGGCCGGCGUUGAAUGACGAGUCGGGAUGGCAGGUGGACGGCGAGGACUUGUGGCCCCUCAAAACACUUUUCUCGAAAAUAUUGUUAGACGGUCUAACGAUACAAACUUUGUUCUUGGUAAUGCCCAGAUUGUGGACUGGCCCAUUGUGUACAGCAACGAUGGCUUCUGUAAGCUGUCUGGAUACCAUCGUGCCGAGGUUAUGCAGAAGAGUUGCACCUGCAGUUUCAUGUAUGGGGAGCUCACAGACAAAGACACCAGUGAGAAGGUGCGACAGACCUUCGAGAAUUAUGAGAUGAACUCCUUUGAAAUUCUAAUGUAUAAGAAGAAUCGUAUGCCUGUGUGGUUUUUUGUCAAGAUCGCUCCAAUAAGGAACGAGCAAGACAAAGUGGUUUUGUUCCUGUGCACCUUCAGUGACAUCACUGCGUUUAAGCAGCCUAUUGAGGAUGACUCCUCCAAAGGGUGGGGUAAAUUUGCUCGCCUGACACGAGCGCUGACGAGCAGCAGAGGAGUGCUGCAGCAGCUGGCGCCAACGGUCCACAAGGGCGAGAAUGUCCACAAGCACUCUCGACUGGCUGAGGUACUACAGCUGGGCUCAGACAUCCUUCCUCAGUACAAGCAGGAAACCCCAAAGACCCCUCCCCACAUCAUCCUCCACUACUGCCUCUUCAAGACCACAUGGGACUGGGUAAUCCUCAUCCUCACCUUCUACACCGCCAUCAUGGUGCCCUACAACGUCUCCUUCAAGACCAAGCAGAACAAUGUUACGUGGCUGGUGGUGGACAGCAUCGUGGACGUCAUCUUUCUCGUUGAUAUCGUGCUCAAUUUCCAUACAACGUUCGUGGGGCCGGCGGGAGAAGUCAUCUCUGACCCAAAGCUGAUUCGUAUGAACUAUGUCAAAACGUGGUUCGUAAUCGACUUGCUCUCCUGCCUGCCUUAUGACGUCAUCAAUGCCUUUGAGAAUGUUGAUGAGGGUAUCAGCAGUCUCUUCAGCUCCCUCAAAGUGGUCCGACUGCUGCGGCUGGGCCGUGUGGCUCGCAAGCUGGACCACUACAUUGAGUACGGGGCUGCUGUCCUGGUCCUGCUGGUUUGCGUGUUCGGCCUGGCGGCCCACUGGCUGGCCUGCAUCUGGUACAGCAUCGGAGACUACGAGGUCAUCGACGAGGACACCAACAGCGUGCGGGUGGACAGCUGGCUCUACCAGUUGGGGGAGUCUGCGGGGACGCCGUAUCGCUUCAACGCCACCGGCUUGGGAAGGUGGGAAGGCGGGCCCAGCAAGGACUCGGUGUACAUAACGUCCCUUUACUUCACAAUGACCAGCUUGACGAGUAUCGGUUUUGGGAACAUCGCUCCUACCACAGAUGGAGAGAAGAUCUUCGCUGUGGCGAUGAUGAUGAUUGGAUCACUCUUGUAUGCCACUAUUUUUGGUAACGUCACCACCAUCUUCCAGCAGAUGUACGCCAACACCAACCGCUAUCACGAGAUGCUCAACAGUGUCCGUGACUUCCUUAAACUCUACCAGGUGCCCAAGGGCCUCAGUGAACGAGUCAUGGAUUACAUAGUCUCCACUUGGUCCAUGUCCAGAGGCAUAGAUACUGAUAAGGUGCUGCAAAUCUGUCCCAAGGACAUGCGAGCGGAUAUUUGCGUCCACCUCAACAGAAAGGUAUUUAAAGAGCACCCGGCCUUCCGGCUGGCCAGCGAUGGGUGCCUCAGGGCUCUGGCCAUGGAGUUCCAGACGAUCCACAGCGCCCCAGGAGACCUGAUUUACCAUGCUGGUGAAAGUGUAGACAGCCUUUGCUUCGUGGUUUCUGGGUCUUUGGAGGUCAUACAAGAUGACGAGGUGGUGGCCAUUUUAGGAAAAGGGGAUGUGUUUGGGGAUAUAUUCUGGAAAGAGGUGACCCUUGCCCAGGCAUGUGCCAACGUGAGGGCGUUGACCUACUGUGACCUGCACGUCAUCAAACGCGAUGCCCUGCAGAAAGUGCUGGAGUUCUACACAGCCUUCUCAAACCACUUCUCUCGCAACCUGCUGCUGACCUAUAACCUUAGGAAGAGGAUUGUUUUCCGAAAGAUCAGUGAUGUAAAACGCGAAGAAGAGGAGAUGCUCAAGAGGAAGAAUGAGGCCCCACUAAACUUACCCCCAGACCACCCAGUUCGUCGCCUAUUCCAGCGAUUCCGGCAACAAAAAGAGGCUCGUCUGGCUGCUGAGAGGGCCAGCCAAGGGGAAUCUGAUGUGGAAAAAGGUACCAUCAUUCUGGAACAAACAAGGGUACCGGAAGUUUUGGCCUCAACUAGCAUAAUCAUGGUGACAGAAAGCCCUGCCACUCCAACAGCCUCUUCCACAUCUGCAUCCACUUCCUCAAGGACCUCUAGCAGAGUCAUCCUCCAUGCCCCUGCCAUCCAGAAUGGCAAUCUUGUCGGUUGCAAGUCUGCUGAGCCGCCAAAGGCUAAAGGUUGGGGGCGUUUCAAGGAAUCUGUUGUAAAAGCGGAAUCGUGGAGCAGUGUUUCCAAAGCAGAGUCAAUGGAGACACUACCAGAUAGGACUAAGUCCCAUGAUGAGAUGUCCCUCAAGAAAACUGACUCUUGUGACAGUGGCAUCACUAAGAGUGACCUGCGUCUGGACAAUGUGGGCGAUGCCCGUACACCACUGGACAGAAGCCCGGUACAGUCGGAAGCAAAGCAAGUCUUUUGUCCAAUACCUGAACAAACCAUGCAUGCCUCUUUUUUGGAGCUCAAGCAGGAACUUAGAGGAGAUAUUCGAUCUCUAAAUGGCCGAAUGGCUACACUUGAAACCCAGUUGGCCGAAAUGCUUCGAUUGCUCAAAUCAAGAAAGAGUUCUGGUUCUUUUUUUGAAAUAUCUAGACCAGCAUCACCUGAUUCAGAUAAAGAUGACAGCUUCUCGUAAUAUGCAUGUAAAUCCAUGUAAUAUGCAUGUAUUAUCAGUCCAUGGAACUUGUAGCAAGUAAAUGUAUCUAGACAUUUGGCCAUUGUGUCACAUGUUGCACAUUGGUGUGAGAAAAGGGAGAACAUGUGCAUUGUUUUGCAGAUACAGUAAAUUCAAUGAUGCUUUGUGUAGUCAUGAUCCCAUUUCUUAUGAUCACUAGCUGAAAAUGCACAUGUUGCGAUCUGCACUUUGAGGUACAUUUACAAUUCUAUGGGUCUCCUUUUUAAAAGGUUAAAAUAAUACUAUAUAAAAUGGUUACAUUUAAAUGUUUUCAUUUAACAUAUAAUUGAUUUUUAUUUCAACCAUUAUAAAUGAGGUAAAGUAAAGACUUUUAACUGUCAGGCCUGUCCUGUAUAUUCAUAUUAAUGUUACCCUAUUCAAGUGGGCUGCCCUAUUCUAAAGUGGUAAUGCCAAUACAUGAAUCAGUUUUCCUACUUGUUAAAUACAUUCUGUUGGACAUUGUUCACUUUUUUAAUACAAAGGUUUGGAAAUCACUUCGUCAAAGGUCAAGCAGGAAAUUCCUGUGGAUAGUAUGUGGUAUAAAAAAAGUGUAAUUUACAUUUCCGCGUUUAGUGAAGUUGGGCUGUGUGGCUGUUUACAAUCCUUGUAAGGACUCGCAUUACCCUUGUGUUUUUAGAUUGAUUAAAUUAGGCAGCUUUCCAAGAAGCAUCACACCUUGCCUUCAGAACUGGGUGGCAGACGUUUCUUACAUUUGUCAUUUAGCAGACGCUCUUAUCCAGAGCGACUUACCGAGCGACUUCUUACCAUGCUUUCUACAUUGCAGAGUGAGAAAGCCCUGGAAUGAGGUUAAGUUGGUUACAGGAAAUUGCAUCCAAACAUAUUUGAAAUCCAUCUAUGAUAUGAAAGGACAGGCUGAAGAAAAACAUAUUUUAUAUAUGUAUAUUUCAACUGUAUUGGCGGUAAACCUAAACAAUGUAUUCAUGUGAUACCAAAAAUACACAGCUAUAUCCAAGUGUCCAGCGCUUUAAACUGGGUUAGGUACAGUAUGUUGGUUUGGUUUUGUUAUACUUUUCUCAAUCUCAAAUCACUAAUGUUCGUAUGUUUGAUAUUAUAGUAAAAGCAACCUUUGCACAAAACAUUUGUAUCAUACAAAGAUUUGCUUGUUAUUUGCACCAUUGGUCUCUUUUCAGUGAUUAUUCGUUUUUGGAGAACACUUUGGCUUCUCAACUACCUAAGUCAGCAGUUUCAGAAUACUAUCCACCUCAAUAUGUAAAUUCAUAUAAAAAAUAACAUGAAUUUGUCUUCACUUUGAAGCUGUGUGCAUAUAAGUGUGAUAUCAUACUGAUGUAAUAUGCAGUGACAUUUAUAUUGUAUCUUUAUAUUACAAUGUUAAAUGGAUACAAUUAAAUUAUUACUUCAAUGUGGCAUUUCCUGACUAUGCUGUACAAGCAAUCUAAUGUAAAUAUCACACUGUUGCACUUUUUCACUAUAGUCCAUACAUGAGAUGCAUCUGACUUUCCUGGGUUAGAUGUAACAACAUGAAAACAAAUUGGACUUUGUGUUGCUUCAUACACCAGUGCCACACUAUUACAAAAUAUAGAUAAUUUGCUUAAGACUCCAGUAUCUACUGUCCUUUCUAUUUUAAGAUUAUUCUGUUUUUGUGUCCGCCAUGAGGCACGCCAUUGUUUGUAUUUGACCUUAAAAACUGUACUAAUAUUGUGUAUGCACUGACGUGGAAAAAGGAUUUGGAAAAAGAAUGAAAACAAUCUAAACACUUAUAUUAUAUUAUAUAUUACUACAUUCAUUUAUUGCCUGAAAUUUAUAUUUCUGGCAAGCACAGCUAUGUCAUUUGUUAAA